AUGGCUGCCCGACGAGGAGCCCGGAAGUUGUGUAUCGGUAUCGGUAUUGCUGUUUGUUGUUCGGCGGUCGGAUAUUGCUACGAUCACGAAAGAUUUUUCCAACUGGGCCCAUUUCGUGUUGCACGUGCUGCCACCACGGUAAUGUGUAUUGUCGCUGAUUACAAGUGGACAAUGUGGAAUUGCCCGUACACAGAUGCAGCUUAUCGUCAGAAGCUAAGCGCAGCGCACAAAAGAAGUGCCCAGAAAUUGCUUGAAUUGGCAAAAAAGAAUGGCGGCGUUUACAUAAAAGUCGGGCAGCAUCUGGCUGCUUUGGAAUACCUUCUUCCGGUGGAAUACACCGAGACGCUGUGUGUUUUGCAUUCAAGAGCACCCGAAAGCAGGAUGAGUGAAGUGAGGCAAGUGAUCGAGGAGGAUUUGAAUGCCAAGCUUGAGGAUCUGUUUUUGGAAUUCAAUUUGACUCCAAAGGGCUCCGCUUCACUGGCACAAGUCUAUCGAGCAGUUUUACGAAAAAAUCACGAGGUGGUUGCUGUGAAAGUGCAACACAUUUAUGUGAGACCAAGGAGCACAGCUGACAUAAAAACCAUUGAGGCUUUAACAAAUUUUGCAUCACGACUGUUUCCUGAUUUUCAUUUCCUUUGGUUAGUGGAUGAAAUGAAACGAAAUUUGCCAACAGAAUUGGAUUUCAGGAUAGAAGCGGAGAAUGCGAAAAAAAUAAGGCAAAUGUUUUCGCAUCUGGAUUAUCUGAAAGUGAGUUCGUAG